AUGGCAUGUCACGCUGUUAUUUCAUCUUCUCUUCGUACAACAAACUCCAUGGCCGUUAAGGGUGUCCUCUCCUUCGCAGCUAACCCUCCUCUGUUUCAUUAUCUUCCGAAAGCCGUCACUUUUGUUUCCCUUUCUGCCUGCACUAAACCCCCCAAGAAGUCAUUUCAAGUGAGAUCGGUUGCUGGUACAACAGAAGCUGCAUCAGGGUUUGAUGAAAUGAUUUCUGGGACUAAGAGGAAGUAUUACAUGCUAGGUGGGAAAGGAGGGGUAGGGAAGACAAGCUGUGCUGCUUCACUUGCUGUUAAAUUUGCCAAUAAUGGACACCCAACUCUUGUGGUUUCUACUGAUCCAGCACAUUCUUUGAGUGAUUCUUUUGCUCAGGAUUUGACAGGGGGGGCAUUGGUGCCAGUGGAAGGACCUGAUUUUCCACUUUUUGCUCUUGAAAUAAAUCCUGAGAAGUCUCGGGAAGAGUUUCGAAAUGCUUCUCAAAAAAAUGGUGGAACUGGAGUCAAAGACUUCAUGGAUGGCAUGGGUCUUGGAAUGAUUGCAGACCAGUUGGGAGAGCUAAAACUGGGAGAGUUACUGGAUUCACCUCCUCCUGGACUGGAUGAAGCUAUUGCGAUCUCCAAGGUUAUGCAAUUUCUUGAAUCACAGGAAUAUAGCAUGUUUACUCGAAUUGUAUUUGAUACCGCUCCUACAGGUCAUACAUUGCGAUUGUUGUCCUUGCCCGAUUUCUUGGAUGCAUCUAUUGGGAAGAUACUGAAGCUAAGGCAAAAGAUAGCUUCUGCUACAUCAGCAAUUAAAUCUGUGUUUGGGCAAGAAAAUACCCAACAGAAUGCUGCUGACAAAUUGGAGAAACUUAGGGAGAGAAUGAUAAAAGUGCGCAAUCUCUUUCGAGAUACCGAUUCAACUGAAUUUGUCAUUGUUACAAUCCCCACGGUGAUGGCAGUUAGCGAAUCAUCUCGAUUGAGUGCAUCCUUGAAGAAGGAAAAUGUUCCUGUGAAUAGACUUGUUGUCAAUCAGAUUCUUCCACCAUCUCCAUCUGAUUGCAAGUUUUGUGCUAUGAAAAGAAAGGAUCAGAUGCGUGCUCUUGAUUUAAUUCAGAAUGAUCCAGAACUUUCCAGCUUAUUGAUGAUCCAGGCACCACUCGUCGAUGUUGAGAUAAGAGGUGUUCCAGCUCUCAAAUUUCUUGGUGACAUUAUUUGGAAAUGA